AUGAGUCAAACAUCUCUAAAACAGAAAAAGAAGAGUGAGACUGGAUCGAGGUACUCAAAAGACAGCCUAGAAACAGACAAAUCUAGAAAAGAUUCUGAGAAAUCUGGAGUCCGUCUGAGCACUCAGAUGAGGCGUGCAGUCAAUCCGAAUCACUUGCUGAGAUGUUGUCCCAUGCGGGGUCACUCGUCGUGUAGACGCUGCUUUUGUGCAGCUGAGGGAAAAGUACUUCCUGGCCCCUGCCGCACAAUACAUAUUUAUAUUCACAUGUGCCUGUUGUGGGAGCAGGGCCUGCAGAUCACCACGAUCAGGGUGAGCAGAGAUCAAACUAUUGAUUUUGGAGGGGAGCCGCAGGCAAUCUGGGGAUCACAAGAAUUAUCUUUGCCGAAGACAGGCUCUCGAGGGUACCUAGUCCGAAAUCAGUGGUCUCGAACUUCUCGGAGCCCAUCCACCAAAGCUCCAUCAGUAGACGAGCCCAGAAGCAGGAACAACAGUCUUAAGCCCCCCAACAGCUCCACGAGCUCCGGGACUUCAUCCACCUCCCCUAGCCAUCAAGAGUUGCCGCAGCCGCUGUCAGCGCAGCCCUCGCCGCCCACGCCAACCAUGCCGCUCGACUCCCGUCCUUCCACGCCGCCGGAGCUCCAGCUCCCGUCCGCGUCCCGGCGCAGCACCAAGCUCACUGAGAAUUCCGACGCCUGGUCUCAUGCCGUGGGGCGGGAAAGCCGAGAGUCCCGAGACAAGCGAGAGUCCCGGGACUCCCGAGAUACGCAGCAGCGGGAGUAUCCUCGCACGCCCCCUACCGAAUGGAAGCCCUAUGCCCAGCGCAGGAUGCUCUACCCUUCCCAGCUGGACCGCGACUGCAUGUCCGACCUGGCCAGGCAGCUAGAGGAAGAGGAGGACGAGGACAAUGCCUAUUGGGCAUCCGUGAAAACGCUGUAUGAGAAGACACCGAGCUGCUCUCGCCCCCGGCCGCCCAAACCCAAGCAUGCCAUCACCAUCGCUGUGUCAUCCCGGGCACUCUUCAACAUGGUGGACGGCAGGAAAAUCUACGAGGAAGAGGGUCUGGAAAAGUACAUGGAAUAUCAGCUUAAUAAUGAGAAUGUCGUCCUGACCCCAGGGCCCGCGUUCCGCUUUGUCAAGGCACUGCAGCAUGUCAAUGCUAGACUCCGCGAGCUGUAUCCUGAUGAACAGGACUUAUUUGACAUUGUACUGAUGACUAAUAACCAUGCCCAAGUGGGAGUGCGGCUUAUAAACAGCGUCAAUCACUAUGGCUUACUAAUUGACCGCUUCUGUCUGACUGGUGGAAAAAGCCCCAUUGGAUAUUUGAAGGCGUAUCUUACCAACUUGUAUCUUUCUGCGGAUUCUGAAAAAGUACAAGAAGCAAUACAAGAAGGAAUCGCCUCUGCAACGAUGUUCGAUGGAGCAAAAGACAUGGCUUACUGUGACACACAGCUCCGUGUGGCCUUUGAUGGGGAUGCGGUCCUCUUCUCUGAUGAGUCUGACCAUAUUACCAAAGAGCAUGGGCUGGACAAAUUCUUUCAACAUGAAACGCUAUUUGAGAAUAAGCCUCUUGCUCAGGGUCCUUUGAAAGGCUUUCUGGAAGAUUUAGGCAGACUGCAAAAGAAGUUUUAUGCCAAAGACGAACGGUUACGUUGCCCCAUCAGAACCUACCUGGUUACAGCCAGGAGUGCAGCCAGUUCAGGCGCCCGUGUGCUGAAAACCCUUCGCCGCUGGGGUCUAGAGAUAGACGAAGCUCUUUUCCUUGCUGGAGCCCCCAAAGGUCCCAUCUUGGUGAAGAUAAGGCCUCACAUCUUCUUUGAUGACCACAUGUUCCACAUUGAAGGGGCACAGAAACUUGGCACCAUCGCAGCUCAUGUACCUUAUGGAUUUAAUCAAAAAAUGAACAAUUAG